AUGGCAGCUUCGAUCCUUCGGCUCCACUUCCAUGACUGCUUUGUUCAGGGUUGUGACGCGUAUCUGCUAGACGACGGUCCUUCAAUCAUAAGUGAAAAGAAUGCGUUGCCUAAUAAGGGUUCGGUAAGAGGUUAUGAAGUGAUAGAGGCAGCAAAAUCUGAGGUUGAAAAACUCUGUCCUGGAGUGUUAUCAUGUGCGGAUGUACUAACCGUGGCUGCCCGUGAUUGCUCAGAAAAUGGUGGUGGUCCAUCAUGGUCUGUGAAGCUCGGAAGAAGAGACUCAACCUCGGCUAGCCUUCUUCUAGCAGAAUCCGGUGCUCUUCCUAGUUUUCAAAGCAUCGCUAGACUCCUUAUUUCCACUUCGGUGAUUAACGGGCUUAGUGCCCGGGACAUGGUUGCAUUAUCAGGAGCUCAUACUAUUGGACAAGCGCAAUGCUUCUUAUUCCGUGAUAGGAUAUACAACAACGGAUCAGAUAUUGAUGCAGGAUUUGCUAGCACGCGUAGACGUGGAUGCCCUGUCAACGACGGCAACGGAAAUCUUGCACCACUCGAUUUAGUGACACCUAAUCGUUUUGAUUAUAAUUACUUCAAGAACUUGAUACAAAAGAAGGGUCUUCUUGAGUCUGAUCAAGUGUUGUUUAGCGGAGGAUCAACAGACAGCAUUGUUAGAGAAUAUAUACAAUAA